AUGGAUCCGACCAAAGCGCCAGACUUCAAACCUCCUGCUAAAGAUGAACAAUUAAACCCUCCACCCGACCCAACUUCUUCAAUACCCAAUUCAGAUCCUAUCAUACCAUAUGUGCUUGCUGAUAAUAAUGAAUCCAUUGAUGCCCCAUUCAAUUUGGAAAUGAAUAAAAAAAUUAAAUCUAGAAUAAAUAAAUCUUCAUUUUCCCACGUUGGAUCUUCAAAUAGAUCUCAAUCUAACCAUAUUCCAUUAAAUGAAAAUGAAUUUCAGCCAUUAUCAGCCGAUAUAUCUUCUAAUGAUGAUGAUGAGUUCUCAUCUGAUAAAGAUGCUCCAACAACGGCAUCACAGAAUGAUAUAAGAACGGUCGAAGAAAAAUUAAAAUUAAUUAAAGACACUGAAGAGCAAAUUAGAGCGAUCAAAAUUGGCGUACAAAAGAAUCAAAUUGCAGACCUAGAAGAAGUUCCUCACGGUAUCGUAAGACAAGCUAAGUCAAUUGAAAAUUAUGAAUUUCCAACUCACAGAUUAUCCAAUAAGUUGCAUAAUCCAAAUAAAUUACCAUUAGUUAUCGUUGCAUGUGGUUCAUUCUCUCCGAUAACUUAUUUGCAUUUAAGAAUGUUUGAGAUGGCUUUGGAUGCAAUCAAUGAACAAACAAGAUUUGAAGUCGUUGGUGGUUAUUAUUCUCCUGUCAAUGAUACUUAUCAAAAGCAUGGUCUUGCGCCUGCUCAUCAUAGAGUUAGGAUGUGUGAAUUGGCAUGUGAAAGAACCUCGUCCUGGCUUAUGGUCGAUGCAUGGGAAUCCUUGCAAUCAAGUUUUACAAGAACAGCAAAAGUCUUGGAUCAUUUCAAUCAUGAAAUUAACGUGAAAAGAGGUGGUAUUAUGACAUCCACUGGUGAAAAAAUUGGUGUAAAGAUCAUGUUAUUAGCAGGUGGCGAUUUAAUAGAAUCAAUGGGUGAACCAAACGUCUGGGCUGAUAACGAUUUGCACCAUAUUUUAGGUAAUUAUGGUUGUCUAAUAGUAGAAAGAACAGGUUCCGAUGUUCGUUCAUUCUUAUUGUCACAUGAUAUCAUGUAUGAACAUAGAAGAAAUAUUUUAAUCAUAAAACAACUGAUUUAUAAUGAUAUCUCUUCCACUAAAGUGCGUCUAUUCAUAAGACGUGGCAUGUCGGUACAAUACUUGUUACCCAAUUCGGUUAUUAGAUACAUUCAAGAGCACAAAUUGUAUAUUAAUCAAAGUGAACCCGUAAAGCAAGUCAUGGGUGGUAAAGAAUAA